AUGCGCAAAGUGGUGGUAACAGGACUAGGGCUCGUGACGCCCUUGGGCAUAGGCGUCCGACGGGCAUGGCAGCGGCUCCUGGAUGGCGAGUGCGGCAUUGUGUCUAUAGCGGAGCGCGGAGAGCGGUUUGCGGCGUUACCCAGUCGGGUUGCAGGUGUGGUGCCGGAGGGAGCUAGGGGGGAGGGGAGGUGGAAUGCGGCGGAGUGGUUGCGGGUUGGGGACGAGCGGAAAAUGGCCCGUUUUGCGCAGUAUGCGAUGGUAGCCUCUGAAGAGGCAUUGCAGGAUGCGGGAUGGUCCCCCAAGGCGGAAGGGGAGCUUGAAGCUACGGGCGUCUACAUGGGCUCCGGUAUUGGGAGUCUGGAUGAUGUGUAUGAUACUAGCGUAGCUUAUGAGAAUGGGGGAUACCGAAAGGUUUCGCCGCUUUUUGUUCCGCGACUGUUGAUUAAUCUUGCUGCGGGGCAUGUUUCGAUGCGUUUCGGUUUCAAGGGCCCAAACCAUGCAGCGACUACAGCCUGCACGACCGGCGCUCACAGCAUCGGUGAUGCCGCCAGACUGAUCCAGUUCGGCGACGCAGAUGUCAUGAUCGCCGGUGGAUCGGAAUCCUGCAUUCAUCCUCUUGCCAUAGCAGGCUUUGCGAGGGCGAGGGGUCUCGCGACUGACUGGAACGAUAGACCGAAGGAAGCAAGUAGACCAUUUAACCGCGACAGAGCCGGCUUUGUCAUUGGUGAGGGAGCUGGUGUUAUGGUUUUGGAGGAACUCGAGCAUGCCAAAAACCGCGGCGCAAAAAUCUACGCCCAUGUCGCCGGUUACGGCCUGUCGAGCGACGCGUACCACAUGACCGCACCCCGCGAGGACGGCCACGGGCCGUAUCUCGCCAUGAAGCAUGCGCUUCGGCAUGCAGGUAUCAAGCCUAGCGAUGUUGACUAUGUCAAUGCUCAUGCGACGAGCACGCCUUUGGGAGAUGCUGCCGAGAAUCGCGCCAUCAAGAGAUUGCUGCUCGGCGAAGAGGGGAAGAGCAAGGCGGCGGAUGUGAAUAUUAGCAGCACCAAGGGCGCGGUAGGGCAUCUAUUAGGUGCGGCAGGGAGUGUGGAGGCGAUAUUCACGGUGCUGGGGUUGCAUCAUAAUGUCCUACCUCCGACGCUGAAUCUCGAUAACCCCGGUGACCCACCGGAAGACUUUGACUGCAAUUAUGUAGCCAAAGUUGCGCAGGAGAAGGAGAUCCCUUGCAAGUCGCUCCAAGCUACCCCACCCUCAAAACUCGAGAUAACCCGAAUUUCUAGGGACCACCGCAACGAUACCCCACCACCUGCCCAGUUGGCAUGCCUGUGCAGAUGUCUUGAUUUCACGUAUAUUCAGCGUCCUUCGCCCAUUGCGACUUUCCUGAUAGUCGCUGUCCAUGUGGAAGAUGGAAAGCCCUCGCUGAUCGAUUCCCUCUCCAACAAGGCGUCGACAUACCAUUCGCGAGUCCCUUAUCUCAGGAAACUGCCUUUCCCCGCCAUAGCCAUCAUCGUAACUCUGAUCCUCGUCAAUGUCGUCGUAUGGGCAGUCGUCGGUGUCGUGCUUCACUUCCACACCCCGCUCCUCUCCACGGCCCUCCUCUCCUACACCCUCGGCCUCCGCCACGCCCUCGACGCCGACCACAUCUCCGCCAUCGACCUCAUGACACGCCGCCUCAUCGCCUCGGGCCAGCGGCCCGUCAGCGUGGGGCUAUUCUUCUCCCUCGGCCACAGCACCAUCGUCAUCGUCACCUCGCUCGUCGUAGCCGGCACGGCGGCGGCCGUGAGUUCGCGCUUCGACGACUUCGAGCGCGUGGGCGGCAUCGUCGGCACGAGCGUGAGCGCCGCCUUCCUCACGCUGCUGGGCAUCGUGAACAUGUGGAUCCUGUACAAACUCGUACAGCAGAUGCGCCGGCUCCUCCUGGCCGCCGAACCUGGCUCGGAAGAACAAGCCCAGCAAGAGCAAGGACAAAGACAAGAACAAGAGGGAAUGCAUUUCGAAGGCGCAGGCGUGCUGUACCAUCUCUUCCACAAACUCUUCACCCUCAUCGACCGGCCCUGGAAAAUGUACCCACUAGGCAUCCUCUUCGGCCUGGGCUUCGACACGAGCAGCGAGAUCGCCAUCUUGGGUAUAUCGUCCAUCCACGCCGCGAGGGGCACGUCCAUCUGGCUCAUCCUCGUUUUCCCCGUCCUCUUCACGGCGGGCAUGGCGCUCCUCGAUACGGCCGACGGCGCGCUCAUGAUGGCUUUGUAUACCAGCACGCAGCUCGCCAGGGACAAGAUAGCGGUUUGUUACUAUAGCAUCGUGUUGACGGGGGUGACGGUCGUGGUUGCUGUGGCGAUUGGGGUGGUGCAGUUUUUGAAUCUGGCGUUGAAUGUUGUGCAGCCUGAUACUGAUACUGCUGGUGGUGGUGGUGGGCAUGGGGGAGCGUUCUGGAGGGGCGUGGAGAGGUUGGGGGAGCGGUGGGAUGUCGUGGGUGGGGCGAUUUGUGGUGCUUUUGUGCUGGUGGGCGGGGUGAGUGUGGUUGUUUAUGGGCCUUGGAGGAGGAGGGUGGAGAGGGGCUGGGAGAGGAAGAGGAGGAGGAGGGGGGAGAUGUUGGGUGAUGAAAGUGAGGAUGUGGAGGGCUGGAGGGGGGAGGCGGAGGAUGGUGGUGGAGAUGGGGAUGGGAAGGAGCGGGAUAGGAAGAUCAAUGUUAGACCUUUGGAGAGGGAGGGGGAUACGGGGCCUGUGGCUGGGAGGUCGGGAAUCUACUAUUACCCCUCCAAUUCUUCGAUUCCUUUCCCGUCUUUGGCGCUGAAUCCAAUUCCUCGCUUCAUCUAUGAACUCCUGAUGCUAGACGCUCUGAGCGCACUCGGUACCAAAUACGCAGCUCGUUAG